AUGUUUGAUGUUACACUUGUCCCAUCAAAGGAUUCUGCAGGAUCUGAAUGGUCUAAAGGAAAAACUUCUUCUCAUAGCUCUAUAGUUUACCUUGCUGAAACAGACAAGUUCGAAGAGCUCCAUCUCGAUGAUGCCAAAGAUGAUAACUAA